AUGGCCGAUUCCGAACCAUUCCCUCUUCUCAACACCUCCGUCGACCAAUUGCACUCCGUCGUCGACCAUUCCCCCAACACGUCUCGAACAACGACGACGACGACGACGACAACAAGACGACGAAAGUCUAGCGCACUUGGGCAAGAUAUCCGCGCCGGCGAUACUGGUCCCGCGCUCGCAACCUACGGAGCUAUCGACGGCCCCAUCACGCCUACUGAAUCUACCAAACGCCUCUCAAAACGCCGCCGUGCUCGCGGCGGCCUCUCUCGCAUUCGUCAGGCCAUGACUAGACACACGUACCUCGUGCCCGCCCUCAUCGUCGCUAUCACCGCCGCCCUUUAUGCUGUCAAGCCCAACGAUUCGAAUCCCGUACAUCGCUUCAUCUUCCUCUCGUACCGCUUGCCGCCCGACCCUGCCAAUCCUGGCGUCCCGGCUCAAUAUGGCAAAGGCCUCUGGGACAUCGCCUUUGUGUCCUUUUACACGGUCGUCCUGACCUUUACUCGCGAAUUUGUCAUGCAGGAACUCUUACGACCAUUGGCCCGUGCCGCUGGCAUUCGAUCCCGGGGCAAGCAGGCUCGCUUCAUGGAGCAGAUGUACACCGCCAUCUACUUUGGAUGCCUCGGUCCCGCUGGCUUAUACGUAAUGAGUAAGACGCCCGUCUGGUAUUACAACACGCGUGGUAUGUACGAGGACUUCCCGCACAUGACCCACGAGGCCGGCUUCAAGUUCUACUAUCUCUUCCAGGCGGCGUAUUGGGCCCAGCAGGCAAUCGUCUUGCUGCUGGGUAUGGAGAAGCCCCGUAAGGACUUCAAGGAGCUGGUUGGCCAUCAUAUUGUCAGUCUUGCCUUGAUCGGCCUCAGCUACCGCUUCCACUUUACGUACAUGGGAUUAGCAGUAUACUCGACACACGACAUUAGCGAUUUCUUCCUCGCAACGUCCAAGGUUUUGAACUACAUCGACUCGCCCAUUGUUGGACCUUACUUUUUCCUCUUCAUGUGUGUCUGGAUUUACCUGCGCCAUUUCAUUAACCUCAAAAUCAUCCUCUCCCUCUUCACGGAGUACACCACUGUCGGACCUUUCGAGUUGAACUGGGCCACACAACAGUACAAGUGCACCCUUUCGCAGUACAUCACUCUCGGUCUCCUCGCGUCCCUCCAAGCUUUGAACCUCUUUUGGCUGUUCUACAUCUUUCGCAUCGCGUACCGCUUCCUCCGCUACGACAUUGCGGAAGACGACCGCAGCGACGCUGAAGCCACCGACGUCGAUGACGAAACCGAGAAGAGGAGGAAGAAAGCCUUGGCCGACGACAAGAGCAAUGGUCGCGCUUCCGGACGGAGCAGCAGUGCGCCCAGAGCCAGGCCUGCCAAUGGUCAUACGAAAUAA